GAGGAUGAGGAGGAUGAGGAGUAGAAGGAGGAUGAGGAGGAUGAGGAGGAGGAGGAGGAGGAGGAGGAGGAGGAGAAUGACGAGGAAGAGGAGAAGGAGGGCCUGUAA